ACGGCUCUAUCACAAAAAAUUAAUAAAAUAAAACCAACAAAAACGCUCUCAAGCCAUCAAAAAUUGCUCCGUUUCUAUACUUCCUCACUCUCUUCCUUGCCUCUUCCUUUCUUCUUAUUUCCUCCAUUCGCUUCAAAAUUCGAGCCAAAUCUAGGGUUUUCAUAGAAGAAAAUUCGGUUGGGGUUACCGAAAUGACGACCAUGGAGAGCUUGAUCGGACUGGUGAAUCGGAUCCAAAGGGCUUGUACUGUUCUUGGCGACUAUGGCGGCGACAGUGCUUUGCCUACUCUCUGGGAGGCUCUUCCCUCUGUUGCCGUCGUCGGUGGCCAGAGUUCGGGGAAAUCGUCGGUAUUGGAGAGCAUCGUUGGACGUGAUUUUCUUCCCAGGGGAUCAGGGAUUGUGACCAGGAGGCCUUUGGUACUGCAGCUACACAAAACUGAAGAGGGCCUACAGGAGUAUGCUGAGUUUCUUCACUUGCCAAAGAGGAGAUUCACUGACUUCUCCAUUGUUCGGAAGGAAAUUCAGGAUGAAACUGAUAGAAUGACUGGGAGGACAAAACAGAUUUCUCCAGUUCCUAUCCAUCUCAGCAUCUACUCCGCAAAUGUGGUUAAUUUGACUUUGAUAGAUUUACCUGGUCUGACAAAGGUUGCAGUAGAGGGGCAGCCAGAAAGUAUUGUUCAAGACAUAGAGAACAUGGUUCGUUCUUAUAUAGAGAAGCCAAACUGCAUCAUUCUGGCCAUAUCUCCAGCCAAUCAAGAUAUUGCAACAUCUGAUGCUAUGAAGCUCUCCAGAGAAGUUGAUCCCACAGGUGAAAGGACAUUUGGUGUGUUGACUAAGCUUGAUUUGAUGGACAAGGGAACCAAUGCUUUAGAUGUUCUUGAAGGAAGGUCGUAUCGGCUGCUACAUCCUUGGGUGGGAAUUGUGAACCGCUCACAGGCUGAUAUCAAUAAAAAUGUAGAUAUGAUUGCUGCACGGAGAAGGGAGCGUGAAUUCUUUGCCACUAGUCCUGACUAUGGGCAUUUAUCUAGCAAAAUGGGCUCUGAAUAUCUUGCAAAACUUCUCUCUAAGCAUUUAGAGGCUGUGAUCAGGGCUCGCAUACCAAGCAUCACAUCUUUGAUUAAUAAAAGCAUUGAUGAACUUGAAGGAGAGUUGGACCACCUUGGUAGACCCAUUGCUAUUGAUGCUGGGGCUCAACUAUAUACCAUUUUAGAGCUGUGUCGUGCAUUUGAUCGGAUAUUCAAAGAGCAUUUGGAGGGAGGACGACCUGGUGGUGAUCGGAUUUAUGGAGUUUUUGAUAACCAGCUCCCUUCUGCUUUGAGGAAGCUUCCAUUUGAUCGUCAUCUUUCACUGCAGAACGUAAGGAAAGUGAUUUCAGAGGCAGAUGGGUACCAACCUCAUCUGAUUGCGCCCGAGCAAGGUUACAGGCGCCUCAUUGAUAGUUCCCUUAAUUAUUUCAGAGGUCCAGCUGAAGCUUCAGUGGAUGCUGUGCACUUUGUUCUGAAGGAGCUUGUGAGAAGGUCAAUUGGAGAGACUAAGGAGUUGAGGCGCUUUCCCACUCUUCAGGCUGAACUUGCAGCAGCUUCCAAUGAGGCAUUGGAGAGGUUCCGUGAAGAAAGUAAGAAGACAACUCUGCGAUUGGUGGAGAUGGAAUCCUCUUACCUGACUGUGGAUUUCUUCCGAAAACUCCCUCAAGAAGUGGAGAAGGGCGGAAACCCAUCUGCUUCUGCUGCAGAUCGAUAUGGAGAGGGGCACUUCCGGAGGAUAGGAUCAAAUGUCUCCCAAUAUGUGGCAAUGGUAUCUGAGACACUAAAGAACUCCAUCCCAAAGGCUGUGGUCCAUUGCCAAGUUAGGGAGGCCAAGCGGUCUUUACUUGAUCACUUCUAUACACAAGUGGGAAAAAAAGAGGUAAUCUUCUUCUCCCUAUCAAGCACACAACCCCCCAAACACAAAAACUGUUGUGAAAUGUUUAGUGUGAUAUCCUGCAAUUAUCUCUGCAUCCAUAGAGAGAUUCAUCAAUCUGUGCAUUCAUAUCAAAACUCAACUAGAAGAACCAGCUUAUGAUCUGGGUCCAAUUUGUUGACAUACUUUGUCCCUGCCUUGGUCAAGGCAUUGGUGACACCUAAAAUGCUCAGCAUGUGUUCUUUCACAAUAUUAUAUGCUUGAAACUGUGAGAAAGUAGGAUACCCACUAGGGUAGCCCAGUUGGGAAGUGUGGUUCCCAUAGGCACAUGGUCUCAGGUUCGAAUACUGCCAUGAUGAUACCUUGAAUUUACCCAACCUGAGCACUCAGAGGUUUUGAGAGAAAGUGGGGGGUGGGUAUUGUGAUUGAUUUCUUCAUUUUUGUUGUAGGGCAAGCAGCUUUCUCAGUUGCUGGAUGAAGACCCUGCAUUGAUGGAAAGGAGGCAGCAAUGUGCAAAGAGGCUUGAGUUGUACAAGUCUGCAAGGGAUGAGAUUGAUUCGGUCUCGUGGAGCAGAUGAAAGAGGGAAUGUGUGUUAGAAAGAGAUCUCCUUUGUAUCAUAGCUAUAUAUUGUGAGGCAUGCUAAAGAUUGGACUAUGGUCUUGUAUUGUCAGCUUGUUGUGGCAAGUUUAUUUAUGUUUAUAUUCUUUGAACCUGAUGCAAAUUUAAUUUUUUUAAUUAAAUUUUAUUGUUUCAUAAAA